UUGGUUGAAAAACGUAAAUACAACGCACCGGACGCGUUUACGAGUCCGUCUACACGUUGAAAUUGUAACUCUGGUUGUAGUUCUGUACAAAAUAGUAUUUUCGAAUUUUGAAAUGAAUAAUCUUCCUGUUCAAGUGCUUGAAAAUAUUUUGGCCCACAUACCUGUUAUAGAUCUUCAUAAGUCAUGUGUGCUUGUGUGCCAAAAUUGGAGGGAAAUCAUUUGUCGACAGAAGUUUAUACCUUGGAAAAAACUUUAUCUUUCAUACAGCUUGAAUGUUGAGGAAUCUACUGCUUUCCUGGACCAACUCUGUGAUUCAUACAACAUUACGGGAGUGCAAAACUGUCUCCGUGGUUUGAUUUUCUAUUUUUUGGAGUUCACUGGGUCUCCUGUGAAUACCAUGAGGUAUUUGAAAAGUCAUACCCGCUUCAGUUUAGCUGAAAGAUUAGUGGUUGAGCAGUAUAAAACUACUUCACUCUGGGGGAUUACUGCUAUGAUUUGCAUCUUCUCAAAUGAUACAUGGGAAAUGUAUAGAUUGUUUGAUUUAUUGACGCAUUCUGAAAGUGAUUUCACGACAAUGGAGGUAAUGGAGAAAUUUUACUGUUUAUGCACUUUGUUUCUCUACUUCCACAGAAAGUUUGGAAUUCCAGCUAAGUUGCAUUAUAAUUUGAUAUAUGCCCUCAACUUGUUUGAGAAUCGCUGGACGGGUGCCCCUAUUAGUCAAGUGUCAAACCAGUCAUCAAGCCAGCAAAAGUCUUCACCUCCUCCAUUGACACACGAACAAUCGCGUAUUGUAAAUCAUCGCAUCCAAAAAGAUGAUUUAAUCAAGAUCGUGGCGUUUGCUGGAAGCGGGAAAACUACUACUUUGCUACGUUUUACCGAAAAUAAUCCAGAAACCGAAUUUCUGCUUAUUGUGUUCAAUAGAGCAGUGUCCGAUGAAGCCGGCGGAAAAUUUCCGAAAAACGUAAAAUGCACGACGAUUCAUAAGUUGGCUCGUAACCACAUCAUUGCUACUGGCUUGAUGAAGAAUAAAGAAACGGGUAACAUUUUCCCAACGAGUUUAGUUAAAAGCCAUAUACUUGAAAAGGAUCGGCGAGGACUAAAAAGAUAUCAACGAGAGAAACUGGUUCUUGACACCCUUAAUCGGUUUUGGGGUUCGGCUGAUGAUACAAUAACUCCUGAACAUGCUCCCACCAAAAUCAGAAGCAAAUCGUCAUCUGAAGAUAAUGCCACAGGAGAAAAUGUUGUUGAAGACAGAAUUCUGACCCUCGAUGAACGACAGAAAUUAGCGGCCGACGCCCAAAAAGUCUGGUCUGUCAUUAAGAAUCCAAACGAUAGGCGUCUGAAAUUGCCGUGUGAUGCAUUCCUCAAACUUUGGCAGUUGGAAAAACCGAAUUUAUUCGAAACUGAAAAAGUUCACUGUGUGAUGGUGGAUGAAGGCCAAGAUUUGAACGGAGCCAUGCUCGAUAUAUUUCUCAGCAACAUAGGCAAACGCAUUAUCGUCGGAGAUCCACAUCAGCAGAUCUAUCGUUGGCGAUAUGCCGUGAAUGCACUGAAUAAAGUCCCUGCUACCCACACGUUUUACUUGACUCAAUCAUUCCGAUUUGGACCAGAAAUUGGUUUCAUGGCCAACUCCUGUCUAUCCGUCUUGAAUAAUGUCAAUGAUAAAUGCUUGGUAGGCAUUGAUGUGCACGAUGCACUGGUAUCGCUCAGCGAUGCCAAUGAUCAACUAAACCACCAACUGCAAACUAACGGCAAGAUUUGCUACCUGGCUAGGACCAACCUGGCACUUUUCAAGAAAGUCGUGGAAGUUAUUGGUUGUGAAUUUGGUAGCAGUUCCCAGAAGCCUAAAAUCGCUUUUGCCGGAGGAAUUAAGAACAUGGGAUUGGACCUUAUAAUGGACGUUUAUUAUCUUUGGAGAGGAGCCUACGACAAAAUUACCAGUCCCUUUCUACGUAAUCGGAAGUUAUUUGAAAACUUCACCAGUUUCACCAAAUACGUAGAAGCCACGAUGGACCACGAGUGGGGAGCGAGAAUAGCUCAAGUGACCUGGGCGAAAAGUAAAACGGAGACGUAUGUCGAUGCGAUUCGAAAAUCUCAUGUCUACAUUUCCGAUGCAGAUGUCGUUUUCUCUACCGCUCACAAAUCCAAGGGAAUGGAGUGGGAUACGGUCGUUUUGCUAGACGACUUCAUUCCAACUCUUGCUUAUGGUGAAGUAAGCGGCGAAGAGCAGGAAGAGCGGAACUUGCUGUACGUGGCUGUCACGCGGGCAAAACGGAAACUGAUAAUCAAUCCAGCCUGCUACUACACUCUCUUGGCAGUUGGUGAUCGUCGAGAGAAAAUAGUCGAUUCGGCCACUUACCUCGACGCUCAUGGCCCGAUUGCCAUUUGUUUUCGCUGCCAAGAAGUUCUGCCAGGGCAGUGCAAAACUAAAUCUGCAUCGCUCGUUACAACUCCACUCAAGAUAAUGACCUUAAAUAAUGAACCAACUGUUGGAAAUCGAAAGGAGGGCAUCCUCUGUUCCCUAUGUGCCGGACUAAAUUAUUACGCUUACCAAAAGUUCAGCUGUUACGAGCAUGAGUUGCGCCAGGUCCAGGUCAAAAAUGACAUGGGACAUUUGACUUUUCGUUUCCUUGUUGGACCAUCGGCUGACGAAAUGGCUGUUGCUGUUCCUUAUUAUGUACAGCAGAGAUUGUUGAUGCUUGACGGAUUCGUCCAAGCUCGACAUUUAGCCCAACAACGUCCGCCUAUUGUAGUGAACAACCGAGAAGAACUUUUCCCGGAUGAUGACAAUAUGUUCCUUGAAGUCGUAGCCAAUGUGGGUGACAUUGGUGGUGAUAAUGAAGUGAUAGAACCUAUAGCUCCCGUGCUAUUGAAUGGUCAACUCCAGGGUGUUGAAGUAUUCCCUGACGACGACGACAUGUUUCCCCUGGAUGAUCAAGCAGCCGAAGUUGAGCAGUCACCGCGGCCGGAAACCGACGAUGAUGACGAUUCCUAUAGAAACGUGUUACUUCUUCGACUCUCACAGUGAAUCUCACUGCUGUAUUUCUUUAUUCGUGAGUCACAGACAAAAUUCUUUAAUGAAAGUAAUAAAGAUAUUUUUCUCAUCA